AUGCCCCAAGCCGUCAAAUCUGCUGGAUGUCUCAUCAUCGGCGACGAGGUUCUUAACGGUAAGAUCCUUGAUACUAACUCAUAUGAAUUUGCCAAGUUCUGCUUUCAUGAGCUCGCCGUGCCUUUGAAGAAAACAGUGGUUUGUGGAGAUGACAAAGCUGAUAUCAUCAGAUCUCUCCAGAUUUUGCGGGACGAAAACUGUGACUUUAUCGUCACAAGUGGAGGAAUUGGCUCCACUCACGACGACAUCACCUACGAUGCAUUGGCUGCGGCAUUUCUGGUACCAUGUAAAUUGGACCAGGAAACCGUUGACAGAAUGCAAAGGCUCCGCCUGUCGUACUUGAGCCUGCUCUCGCCUCCUCAAUUGAGUGCCUUCUACAGAAUGGCUACGUUUCCCCUGUCAUCGGGCUCCGUGUCCGUGCUGAAGACAUUCCCGGACAGCGAGCUUUGGGUGCCAGUAGUAGCCAUCAACGACCAAGUGUACGUUUUGCCUGGAGUGCCUGAAUUGUUCAAGAAACUCAUGACUUCGCUAGCGCCAGUUAUCAAGCCUCGCGUGGUGCUGAAGGAGUAUCGCCGCUACUUUGUGUCGACCUCAAGCAACGAAAGCAAUAUGGCUCCAUUCUUGUCGUCUCUUCAGAACAGGUGCGAUGAGAAAUACGGUGUUCAGCAAGUCAAAGUAGGCUCCUACCCUCAUUUCACUUGGAGAUCAGUGACCAUCAGCAUAAUAGGUGACUCGGCUGUGCCAGAACCUGAUUUGCGUGCUAUAGUAGAUGAGGUAGUUGCCAACUUAGGAGGAAAUGCCCAGGAGAUAACUGCCGAGAGAGAGGACUACAUCACCACCCACGAGCCAGAGAAAUUGUGA